CUGUUCUACAUUUGUUGGCAAGACCCACACACAAAAACAUGGCUGGCUUUAGAACAAGUCUCGUAUGGAUGGCUUUCAUUAGUCUGUGUUUUCUGUCUGUAUCAGCUCAGCUCCAGCGCCUAGAACACCCUGCCAAAGCUGAUGGCUCACUUAGCUUUGUGGUCAUUGGAGACUGGGGAAGGAAAGGAGGGUUCAACCAAUCUAAAGUUGCUACUCAGAUGGGAAAAGUUGCUGCAAAGUUGAAGGUUGACUUUGUGAUAUCCACUGGAGACAAUUUCUAUGAUGAUGGAUUGACAGGUAUAGAUGACCCUGCAUUUGAAGCUUCCUUCUCAAAAAUCUACACUGCCAAAAGCCUCCAAAAACAAUGGUACAAUGUCUUGGGCAACCAUGACUACAGGGGAGAUGUUGAAGCACAACUAAAUCCAGUCCUUCAGAAAAUUGAUAACAGAUGGAUCUGCCAAAGAUCAUACAUUGUUGACACAGAAAUUGCUGAGUUCUUCUUCGUUGAUACAACACCUUUUGUGGACAAGUAUUUUCUUGAGCCAAAGGACCACAAGUAUGAUUGGAGAGGUGUACUUCCGAGGGAGAAAUAUUUAUCAAAGCUCUUAAAGGAUCUGGAAAUAGCAUUAAAGGGUUCUACUGCCAACUGGAAGAUUGUUGUGGCGCAUCAUCCUAUAAGAAGCAUAGGACACCAUGGUGACACACAAGAGCUCAAAAAACAGCUCCUUCCGAUCCUUGAGGCAAAUAAUGUUGAUAUGUACAUUAAUGGGCAUGACCAUUGCUUGGAACACAUAAGUAGCACAAGCAGCCAAAUUCAGUACUUAACCAGUGGCGGAGGUUCAAAGGCAUGGAAAGGAGACAUCCAAGACAACAGAGAUGGGGCAAAGUUUUACUACGAUGGGCAAGGAUUUAUGUCUGUGGAGCUUGUAAAAACAAAUGCCAAAGCUGUUUAUUAUGAUAUUUUUGGCAAAAUGUUGCAUGUUCUGAGUCUAUCCAAGGGGGCUGCACUCCAGAUAUAGGAAGAGUCUCGCUAGUACAAGAUGUUUCUCUAUCUUUAAUUUGUAGAAUUGUUUCCUUAAUUAUGUAAUCCGGUUGAAUAGGCUAUUAGAUUGUUUGAUUUUAAUUAUGUAUCCCUUUCAUUUAGGCUAUAUAUUAUUUCCUUUAAUUAUGUAAUUUUACUAUUAAGACUCUUGAACUAUUUCUUUAAUAAGGACUCAUACUACGGUCGUGAUAAGAGUCCUCGAAGUGGUGACUAUCAUUUCUCCUGC